GUAAAAAAAAUGUCAAUAAGUGACUAGCUGGAACUUUGAGUACAAAAAAAUAAUGUCCUCGACAGAUAGCGAUCAAGAAGUGACGGACGAAUACGACGAACUUGUAAAUAUAAAAAAUGUGAUUAUCCUGUUGCGCGACAAUAUCGAUGCCCUGAACGAGAAAUUCGCGGAUUUUCCUGCGUCGGAACUGCCCGCGAUGUAUCUCGAGGAAUAUCAGGAGCUCACGACAAAGUUGCACGAGUUGGAGCUGAAAGAGCAAUUGCUGAGCGAAAAACUGCAGCAACAGAAAAACGACACGCCCGACACAACCGAUCAAACGGAUCAAACGACAGAGCCGGAAAGUAACUGCAGUACGCUCAAUCGCACGCCAAAAAUCUUCCUGCGAGCCUUCCUGCCGAAUCAGCAACGUACAAGUGUGCAAGUGAUACCGGGUUUGAGGUUGCGAGAUGCACUCGCGAAGGCGCUCAAUCGACGAAACCUCAAAUUUGAAAUGUGCGCCGUGACGACGGAAGAUAGCGAUUACCCGAUUCCGUGGGAUACGGACAUCAGUUUGCUCAAGUGCAAGGAAGUUUACGUCAAAGUGCUCGAUUUGGGCUUUCCCACACACAUUUCGCAUCAAUUUAUCCGGAAAACCUUCUUUUCGCUCGCCUUUUGCGAAUGCUGCAGACGCCUCUUGUUCACUGGUUUCUAUUGCAAUCAAUGCAACUAUCGAUUUCAUCAGCGGUGCGCCGACAAGGUUCCGCCGCUUUGCAGUAAACUUCACAUGGACACUUACUACCAACUGUUGCUCGCGAAUCCCGAGUCCCAAGCCGGAAUUAUCAAUACGGGAGCGAGCGUUUUUCAAGGAAGACAUCCAAGGACUCUCAAUUCGCAAGACAGAUCCAACUCGGCGCCGAAUGUGUGUAUAAAUAAUGUGCUAAGGGCGCAAACAGCAACAGAUCACAAAAUUCUUCAGAGCAUUAAACCAUUUCAGACUCAAUCAAAUCAGGAACACUCCCAUUCAACGCAAGCCUCGCCUACAAAUACGCUGAAACAUGUCAAACGUCAAAGAGCUCGUUCUGCCGACGAAAGUAACAAAAAUCUUCUCUCCCCGAGAGACACAAAGCAAAGUGAUGAAAAUUGGAAUAUUCAAGCGGAGGAAAUCCUGAUAGGUCCCCGAAUCGGUUCCGGCUCCUUUGGAACAGUGUACAAAGCUCAUUGGCACGGUCCUGUCGCCGUAAAAACGUUAAACGUGAAAACGCCAAGUCCCGCUCAAUUACAGGCAUUCAAGAACGAAGUUGCGAUGCUGAAGAAAACGCGUCACUGCAACAUUCUCCUUUUCAUGGGUUGUGUCAGUAAACCGUCACUCGCUAUCGUCACGCAAUGGUGCGAAGGCUCCAGUUUGUACAAACACAUCCACGUGAACGAAACAAAGUUCAAACUCAACACGCUCAUCGACAUUGCGCGUCAAGUAGCGCAAGGCAUGGACUACUUGCACGCCAAAAAUAUCAUUCAUCGUGAUCUCAAAAGCAACAAUAUUUUCCUGCACGAAGACUUGUCCGUGAAAAUCGGCGAUUUCGGCUUGGCAACUGCCAAAUCGCGUUGGAGCGGCUCGCAGCAAUCGAACCAACCAACCGGAAGUAUCUUGUGGAUGGCACCGGAAGUGAUUCGCAUGGAAGACACAAAUCCCUAUUCAUUCCAAUCCGACGUUUACGCCUUCGGGAUCGUGUUGUAUGAACUUUUGGCAGAAUCCCUGCCCUAUUCACACAUCAACAACAAAGAUCAGAUUCUGUUUAUGGUUGGCAGAGGUUUACUUCGCCCGGAUAUGUCGAAAGUUCGAUCGGAUUGUCCGCAGGCGUUGAAGCGAUGCGCCGAAGAUUGUAUUAAAUUUAAGAGUGAUGAACGUCCGUUGUUUAGACUCUUGCUCAAUAUGCUCGAGAACAUGCUGCGGACUCUGCCGAAAAUCCAUCGGAGCGCCUCAGAGCCAAAUCUGACGCAAAGUCAGCUGCAAAACGACGACUUUCUGUACAUGUGUUCUAGUCCAAAGACUCCCGUUAAUUUUCAUAAUUUUCAAUUUUUUAACGGUGCCGGCAACAUAUAGCAAUGCAAUUUUUUCCUCAUUGCUCACAACUUACAAAUUAUUUUUAUUUUUCGUGCCUUUUAAUUUUUUUUUUUUGUUCUUUUUAUUUGUUAAAAAGUAUUAAAAACUUACUCUAAGACCUUAAUAAAAAUUAUGAGA